AAUCAAGCCCGGUCCAAACAGCAAAAACAAUAUACUAUUGAAAAGAAAAUCAGCAACAGGCCCAACUCCCAAGCUAGAAGAUGAGGAUUAACGCCAAACGCCGAAGGAAUUUAGCCAGGCAAGCGCCUCGUCAUGUUCCCGAUCAACACGCAACUCCCAGUGGACUGUACUGAACUGGAGCUCUCUCUUUUAUCUAUUUUCUUUUCUUAUCGUUUUAUUUAAAUAUUCCAAAUCCACACUGUAAUGAUAUGAAUAGGAUAGAAUAGUAAUCCAUGCUUAUCUGCAUUUCCUUCUUCUUCUACUAAUUGCUCUCUACUUCCACCUACCGUUUUUUUUUUCCCAUCCACCUUCCUACUACAAAAUGAUGUCGUUAUUGUCGUCAAUUCUCCGUCGAAAGCCCGCCGUGCUUCUCCAAGUACGGCUACUAUCUUCGUAUGGUCCUCCUCCCGGAACGACGUCGCAGCAGAAACGCAUUGAGAAAAUCCUGGUGGGCAACCGAGGCGAGAUAGCAUGCAGGAUCAUGAGGACAGCUAAGCGUCUAGGGAUUCGGACGGUAGCCGUUUACAGCGAUGCCGAUAAAGACUCUCUCCAUGUGAAAUCGGCCGACGAGGCGGUUCACAUCGGUCCACCUCCUGCUCGGCUCAGUUACUUGAACGGUUCUUCCAUUGUCGAGGCGGCGGUUCGGACCGGUGCACAGGCCAUCCACCCCGGUUAUGGUUUCUUAUCGGAGAGCUCUGAGUUUGCUCAACUUGUUGAAGAUAGGGGGCUUACAUUUAUUGGUCCUCCAGCGUCUGCAAUUAGAGACAUGGGUGACAAAAGUGCUUCGAAGAGAAUAAUGGGUGCGGCAGGGGUGCCAUUGGUGCCGGGAUAUCAUGGCAGCGAGCAAGAUGUUGAGAUUAUGAGGUUGGAGGCAGAUAAAAUUGGAUAUCCUAUCUUAAUAAAGCCAACCCAUGGAGGCGGAGGAAAGGGUAUGAGAAUUGUACAAAGUCCGAAUGAAUUUGUUGACUCCUUUCUUGGAGCACAACGCGAAGCUGCUGCAUCUUUUGGCAUAAACACUAUUUUGUUGGAGAAAUACAUUACUCAACCAAGACACAUAGAAGUUCAGAUAUUUGGUGACAAAUUUGGCAAUGUACUGCAUUUAUAUGAGAGAGAUUGCAGCGUUCAAAGGAGACACCAGAAGAUAAUUGAAGAAGCUCCAGCUCCUUGUGUUACUCAUGAAUUUCGCACACACUUGGGCCAGGCUGCCGUAUCUGCUGCUAAGGCAGUUGGUUAUCACAAUGCUGGCACUGUGGAGUUUAUAGUUGAUACCAAAACAGGUCAUUUUUACUUCAUGGAGAUGAACACUCGACUUCAGGUUGAGCAUCCUGUGACUGAGAUGAUUGUUGGUCAAGAUCUCGUGGAGUGGCAAAUUCGUGUUGCAAAUGGGGAGCCUCUUCCUAUAAGUCAGGAUCAGGUGCCCUUAUCAGGUCAUGCUUUUGAAGCCCGAAUCUAUGCUGAAAAUGUUCCCAAAGGAUUUCUUCCUGCAACUGGAGUUCUUCAUCAUUAUCAUCCAGUACCACCCUCUUCAACAGUUCGGGUUGAGACUGGAGUUGAACAAGGAGAUGUUGUUAGCAUGCAUUAUGAUCCUAUGAUUGCAAAGCUUGUAGUAUGGGGAGAAAACCGUGCUGCAGCACUAGUCAAAUUGAAGGAUUGCUUGUUAAAGUUUCAGGUUGCAGGGUUGCCAACUAAUAUCAAUUUCCUACAAAAGCUUGCUAACCAUAAGGCAUUUGAAGAGGGCAAUGUUGAAACGCAUUUUAUUGAGCACCAUAACGAUGACCUAUUUGUUGAUCCUAAUAAUAAAGUAAUUUAUGAGGAUGCAUAUAGUGCAGCUAGACUUGGAGCAAAGCUGGUAGCUGCUUGCCUUUGUGAAAAGGAACGUUCUGCUAUGAAAGAAAGCCAUUCUGGGGAUCCUAGCUUACUUCCUAUAUGGUAUGCUCAUCCUCCAUUCAGAGUCAAUCAUCAUGCACAGAGGACCAUGGAAUUUGAGUGGGAAAAUGAAUAUGAGAGCAGUAGUUCAAAGCCUUUGAUGCUUUCUAUCACUUAUCAUCCUGAUGGGAACUAUUUUAUUCAGCAUCAACAGAUUGGAGAAAAUGGUGUCCACAUAUUGGAAGUCAAAGCAUCAAAUCUGGGCAAUGAUAAUUUUAUAGUUGAGUCUGAUGGUUUAACCAUGAAUGUUAGUUUAGCUGUUUAUACCAAGGGUCAGAUCAAACACAUACAUAUAUGGCAUGGGCCGCACCACCAUCAUUUCAGACAGAAACUAGGCCUUGACCUGUCUGAUGAAAAUGAAACACAGCAUAAGACGAGUUUCGAGACCACAAGCCACCCUCCUGGGACUGUAGUGGCACCCAUGGCUGGUUUAGUGGUCAAGGUUCUGGUAGAGGAUGGGGCGAAGGUGGAAGCAGGACAAGCUGUAUUGGUCCUUGAAGCCAUGAAGAUGGAGCAUGUGGUAAAAGCAACAUCUGGUGGUGUUGUUGAAGGGCUUAAAGUCGGUGCUGGUCAGCAGGUUUCAGAUGGUAGUGUUCUCUUCAGAAUCAAGGCCCAGGAAUGAAUGGAAAAAUUCAUCUUGAAUUUUGGCUUUUCGGGACAAUAUCGUGCCUAAGCAAAUAAAUCUCCUCAGCUACUAAUGGCAGGGAAAAUAAGUCAUUGUAAGUAUCUGCGACUCCUUACAAACAUAAAAAAAGAAAAGAAAAGAAGAAAGCAAAUAGAGAAAAGAGAAUGUUAGGGAAACAUCCCAUAUCCUCAUUAUACAUGCAGAAACCUCUUGCAAGAUGUGAAACAACAUUUGAUCUGGAAAAAUAAAUGUAUACUCAUAUCUGCAGAAGUUGCCUCUGCAAAUUGGCAUUUUCGCCUUUAUAUGCUUUUACAAUGAAUUUUUUCUGCCAUUUGGGAAUGGAAA